AUGACAUCUUCCAAAGAGCUGCCCCCGUUCACCUCUCCAUUUUUCCCCAACUUAUUUAUCAAGAAUCAAUUCUUCACCAAACCUCGAUUUCCUCCUCAAAGCACAAAUCUUUCCGACAAAGUUGCCAUUGUCACAGGUUCCAAUACCGGCUUGGGUUUGGAAUGUGCUCGUCAAUUGCUUUCUCAUAAGCUUUCACGCCUGAUUAUUGCUGUCAGAUCUUCAGCAAAAGGCGAGGCUGCAGCCUCUAGUCUUCGGAAACAGUUUCCCAAAUCCAGCAUUGAGGUAUGGCAGCUGGAUAUGUCUUCCUACGACUCUGUCCAAGCUUUUGCAGCGCGACUUGAUAAGGAACUGUCUCGACUCGACGUUGCCAUCUUGAACGCGGGAAUGGGAAGAGCGGCUUUUGGUACUUCACCAGAUACCGGACAUGAGGAGAAUGUACAGGUCAACUAUCUGUCCACGAUGUUGUUAUCGAUUCUUCUUCUCCCCAUACUGAAGAAGAAAUCGCCGGUAGGAUUUCCCGGACGAUUGACAAUAGUUACGUCAAUGCUCUCAAUCACUGCCAAAUUCGCAGUAAAAAGCGAGGUUCCUCUUCUUCCUGCAUUUGACAGAGCCGAUUUGUUCGAUCCUCUUGAUAAUUAUCCAACCUCAAAGCUCUUGGGUCAGUUAUUCAUAUGGAAACUCACAGAUAUGGUAUCGGCAGAUGAUGUCGUUGUAAAUCUUGUCGAACCAGGAUUUGUCAAAGGAACAGAAUUGCAACGCGAUAUCGGGGGCGCAACAAGGAUUAUACUUAAUCUCUUCAAGUCCAUCAGCGCUCGAUCUGUAAAGGUCGGUGCCUCAACAUAUAUGGAUGCAGCGAUCGUUAAAGGGAAGGAAUCGCAUGGCUGUGUCAUUAUGAACUGGACCAUUGCACCGUACGCACCUUUCCAAUAUACUGCUGAAGGCAAGGAGAUCAUGAAGAGAUUGUGGGAAGAGACUUUAAAUGAGUUUAAGUUUAUUGAUGUCAAUAGCAUCCUGGGAUCUUUAAAGACGGUUUAG